CAGACAAAAGUUUCACAGUAUUGAAAUAUCAUCAUGUCGCUAAGAAGUGGAAACCGACAACGUGCCGCCCAGUUCACUCGAAAGCAGAAGCAAUACAGAAUAGAAUCUGAUUCGGAGGAAGACGACGAUGACGAGACGGAGAUGGAUCAGAGCUCCAAYUUAAGGUAUGGAGGAGGAGUUCUUGCUAUAUUGAAGAACAAUACCAAUGGAACGAGAAGGCAGAGACGGAAUGGCAGCGAGAAGGGCAAUGGUAGGGGCAAAAACAUAACGUCGUCACCGUUGCAGAAGUCAAGGAAAGAAAAUUUUGAAGCGGUAGCUGACGAAAACAACAGAACUCCUCCACCGAGAAAUGUUAUCAUGACGAGAUCUGCGAUGCGAGCAAUUUCUCCAUUAACUACGCAAAAAGCAAACCAACAACGAGGACGCAACAAAGUAUCAAACAAUGUCUCUGUGGAAGAAAAUAGUCGUGCCGAUAGCUUCGAUGACAGCGUCGAGGACGAGGACGAUGAGACUCGACCUCAGACUCUAUCCAGUGAWGACAAUGAAAAAAAUAGUUCGACAUCUCGAGAAAACGAGCACGAUGACGAAGGAGAGGAAGAAGAAUCAUACGAAGACAGUUACGGACCUUCUGAGUCUUCGUCAGAGUUUGAAUUUGGAGUAGACGACGAAGAAUUUAUUCCGGACGAAGAGGAUGAAGAUGAUGACGAGAGUUCUCCCAUGAGUGACUUUAUUGUUGAAGAUGACUCCGAUGAUUAUAUAUCGAGGGGAAAUACCUCAAACGAUGCAUCUACAAGAAACAACGAUGAAAUUGAUGUUGUUGAUGGUGGUAAUGGCGAUGAUGAUGUACAAUUUUGUGACGACACCGUAGUUAAUGAAAGUGCUAUAAACGAGAGUCCUUAUUUAUCUGCGGCCAAUGUUCCCGAAGAUUCUAUUGACGAUAACACUUUCGAUGCAGAGCAGACCCCAACGAAAUUUGAAUUGCCGAAAAAGAAUCUGAGCUUUAGCUCUCCAGAACCUCAGAUGGCGAUGAUAGUCGACGAAAACGACGAGGACGAGGACGAAGAUGAUGUUCUAUUUGCAACCAUAAUUGACUCUGAUACGGUCGAUGGGGAUACCGUUGUUUUAACCUUUGACGAAGACGAGGAAAACGAUGCAGAAGAGACAGAAUCAACUGGCGUUCAUGUGAGUGAACAACAAUCGAAUAGAGAUAAUCAMAUUUCCGCUGGAAAAACAAAGGAAGCAGUAGACGACAAUCAAGAAAGUAGAACGCAACCUUCAUCAUUGCUUGCUAAUAAAAAUUCUCAACCCAUUGUAUUCCAAGAGGAAGAACAUGAAGGGCACGCAAAGAAAAAUAAUGAACCCGAGCCGUCGAAAGAUAUCACAUUAGUUGCCCCAGAAACUUCCAAAGAGGUUUCCACGAGAAAGAAUGACAAACAUUACAGACAAGAAGGGACAGUAAAACGCAACAAAUGGGCACUGGGAGCAAAGAUUGGCGUUGGAUCAUUCGGCGAGGUUCACGUUGGCAUGAAUACUCAAACAGGCGUUCUGAUGGCUGUGAAGAAGUUUAGAAUGGAAGGUGCAGUAAUGAAGGAUAUCCGAACAGAGGUAGAACUAAUGAGAUCCUUCAAACACGUCAAUAUUGUUAGAUACUUGGGAGCUCAGAUGGACAAGGAUUUUCUUCAUAUUUUUCAAGAAUGGGUUCCUGGUGGAAGCGUUGCGAGCCUACUAAGCAAGUUUGGCGCGUUCUCAAUUGAAGUCAUAAAAAGCUAUGUGUCGCAGACACUAAAUGGUUUGGUAUAUUUGCAUGAGAACAAUAUCAUGCACCGAGACAUAAAGGGAUCAAAUAUCCUUGUGAAUGACGAAGGAAUCGUGAAGCUAGCAGAUUUUGGAGCUAGCAAGAAGCUGAAGAAUCUCAAUKCUGAUAUGAUGAUGAGUCUCACGGUUAGAGGCACACCAUAUUUUAUGGCACCUGAGGUAUUUGAGGAGAAAUACAGUGCCAAGGCUGAUGUUUGGGGUAUAGGUUGUGUGGCAAUUCAGAUGGCAACAGCUAAGCCACCUUGGAAGGAAUUAGGAUUCACAAAUCCAAUUUCGCUCUUCAACUACAUGACGAAGCAAAAGGGACCCCCCCCGAUGGAACACCCACAAAAAGAAUCUUUUUCCAAGCAACAAGAAGUAUCUUGGACUCUGUUCGAGCAGUUUGUUUGCAGAUGCUUUGAAUACGAACCRUCGAAACGACCUUCUGCGCGAGAGGUACAAGACGAUCAAUUCUUUUUKACUUCAAUUAUUGGCGAUGCCGAUGACGACGAAUCUAUGGAUUGUCGUGGUCUCUUCUCUCCCGGAAAUGAAAGUAAAAAGUWUUUUUCACCAAAGCAGUUUUCAUCGCCCGCGAAGCAGUCAUCCGCUGCUCGGCAUCUUAGACCGAGAAAAAGUGAUGGUCGACAAGAAAUGACAUUUUUGUCUCCACCUCUUCCAAAGAAAAAUAUUGAAAGAAGCAAAUCACCUUUUGCGAAAUGCACGACUUCUCGUGCGGAGCCGAAGACCGAAAAUUCGCCAUCGCUAGACACUCGGGAGUGGCCUGCUUGGGCCAAAACUGAACUCGAGAARCAAAACAAUUGCAAAGUAAUAGUAGCAGAAGCGAAWGAAACAACCCAAGGAAAUUUAACGAAGCUAAUGGAUAGCCUCGCAUUGAGCGAAGACAGUAGCGAUACUAGUCAAAGAACAUCGAACGAACGAAGAUCCUCUACUUUUGGGAGUUUGAUUGGUAUUGACUUCCUAGAUAAUUCAUCAGCGUGAUUGAAGCACGUCUUAAAUCCAUGUAA